AAUCGAGUCGGAUUCAGUGCAGUUUCGAACACGAGCGCGGCAGCACCAAUGUCCCAAGAUCGGUCUACACACUUUCUGGCCUGGCUGGCUAUCGGAAGUGCCCUGGCAAUGGCACAGGUGAGCGCCUAUUCAGGCCUGAUACCGCCGGAUCCAUCAAAUCCAGGCAGAUGCACUUAUCGGGGCGAUGUCUUGGAGUUGGGUGUCAACAACGGUAUCUCUCCCUGUCAGCGCCUGAUAUGCAACGAGGACGGCUCCAUACUUAUAGAGGGUUGCGGCAAACUACGUAUUGAGAACUGCAAUCGAGGCGAGCGCAUCCACCAUGGAAAACCCUUCCCGGAGUGCUGUAAGCUGAAGUACAAGUGCAAGCAGAUCGGGGCUGCGCCCUUCUAUAUUGAGCGGGAUACAGCCGAGCCGAUGAUGCAGUAGUUGCAGAAGCAGUCUGGGAUUCAGAUCACCAAAGCCGAGGAUGCCAUAGCUUUUCAUACUCAGAAAAUUUUCUAAUUUAUUUUUCAACUUCUGAUAUAUGUACAUAUGUAUUAUCAAUAAGCACCAUGGUUUGUUUUUGUUUUAUGUUGAUAUGUUUUGUACUCAUGGUAUGUGUGAAGUUAGCAAACCUACCUCGCAGGCUGGAGGUGGAGGUGUAAACGAAGCACCUUCUCAAUGAAACAGUUUGCGCC